AUGCUACAGCGUAAUGUUCCUUCAAUAUCGUCGAACUUGCCUGAUUCAAAUAUGAUGAGCGAUGAGACUCAAGCAGGAUUCCCUUCAUCAUCAUAUUCCUCUCUGAUUCAAACAGGAGAUAUGAUCACUAUUCAAGUGCCGGUACAAGGUGGACUUUCAAAGCCCUCUCACGCCGUUGGUACGCCAUCAUCCUCCGAAACGGGUAGUUGUGAAGUGAUCAGCAAGAAAUCAUCAAGUAGAAGCAGCACCGUUGCUCAUGCUUCGUACUAUCACUUGCUAUAUGAUUGCCCUGAACCUAUUUGCCCACCCGAUUUUGUGAUUAAUAUCAAAUUAAUUGAUAUGAAUAUGGCCAAGGUACAAAUCAAGGUGCACAAAGUGUUCUUGGCCGUUGAAUCGACCUACUUCCGUGUUUUAGUCAAUUCUGACUUUUCCGAAAAUCAAACUUCAGAAGUAGAGUUUGAGCUUACAUCCAUAGAACGGGAUGUGUUUGAACAAAUUAUUUUGAAAUACAUUUAUGGAGAGAGAACUUUAAUCAUCGACAAAGGGUUGCCAUAUGCUUGUACAUUAUGUCUUGCUCACUACUUACAAAUUAAUGCCUUGGAGUGUCAGUUGUUGCAACAAAUGACAAAAACAGCCAAGUACACUCGGCAACAUUUAAUUUAUUACUCUCAACUGCGGGACCACACCAUGCUAGCAAUCAAUUCUAAUUUUCUCUCUCAAUCAUUGAUUGCAUUCGGAAAAGACAUUUCAAAAAAGAAGGAUGAGGUUAUCAAUUUACCAGUAGAAUUUUUCAUUUGGUUAAUUUCAUUGGAUAAUCUUAAUGUCAGCAAUGAAGAUGAAGUCUAUGAUUUGGUGAAUGAAUACAUUGAAAAGAAUGAGCAUAAAUUAAGCACCAGUAAUCUUUCACACAUUGCAAACUCUAGCGAUACAGGAGGAGCAGGCGAUUCUAAAAACUCUAUCGAAAGCGUUUGGGUGAAUGUGAGAGUUCCAUUCUUGUCGGACCAAAAAGUUUUGGAUUUCAUGGACAACAGAAGGAUUUCCACUGAGCUGAAAAUAUCCUUGCUCCGUAAAAGACAAGUCUAUGCUAUUUACCGAGAGAAGUUUAAAAAGAAAGCAAUGGCUUCGAAGCAACAUCAACAACAACAACCAUUACCACAAACACAAGAUGGUUCUCAAGUGAAUGCAAGUAUGUCUGUUGAAACUAACAAUGGAGGCGAUACAAAACACAAAGAUGAUAUCACUCCUUCUGCGUCAGUGACUGCAGUAUCGCUAGCAGAGGAUUUGAUGAUUGAUUUAGAUGACCCUCAAUUUAUCAAGAGAGGAAAUAUUGUCGAAUAUCUCAUCACAGGAAGUAAGGGAGUCAUUCAAAUAUGGGACAUUAAUAACAAUGAGUGCCUCUCCACUUUCCCAACAGAUUCAUUCGUGAGAUGUCUCGCACUAUAUGAACGUAAUUAUUUGUUGAGCGGUGGUCAUGAUAAGAAGAUCAAAAAGUGGAAUUUGAGAACAAACGAAUGUGAACUUGUCUUGAAAGGUCAUACCGACUAUGUUCUUUCCUUUGCACUUGUAGAUGACAGUUUGUAUAGCGCAGGUGGAGUUGGUGAUUCUACUGUUAAAAAGUGGAAUUUGAGAACCAACCAACUUGAAGCAUCUCUAGAAGGCCAUCAAAAGGCAGUUCUUUCCCUCAUUGCUUAUAGUGAUUUGUAUGUGUUCAGCGGAGGAGAAGAUUCUACUAUUCGCAAAUGGAACGUGAGAACAAACAAGUGUGAAUUGGUAAUCACUGCCACAGCACAAAACGAUGACAAAUUGUGGUGUUUGGCAAUUUAUGGAAAUGCCUUAUUUGCAGGAGGCUCCAAGGGCAAAAUUUAUCAAUUUAAUGUCAAUGAUGGAAGAUUGGAGAAAGAAUGGGCUGCACACGAGAAUAUUGUCAUCCGAAGAUGGAAUUUACUACAGACUCCUGAGGCAGUCAUGUCAGCUGAAUCUCAAGUUGCAGCCUCCACCAAUACUCCUUAUGUAUGCGAUGCUGUGUUGAAGGAGCACACAGACAGCGUCAGAAGUUUGAAUGUUUACAAUAAUUAUUUGUACAGUGGAGGAGGUGAUGAGAAGAUCGUAAGAUGGAACUUGCUUUCUUUAACUAAGGAAUCUGUCAUGACGGCUGAGGAAUAUAUUUGCUCUGCAUUAUUGGCCUAA